CGCCCUACCCCACCAAACCACCCUCCCUUCCCCUCCCCUCCGUCUCCACCCCCCUUCCUUCCCAAAAUUCCAACCCGAUUCCAUCCAAAACCACCGCCAUCAGAUCGUUCACAACUCUUCCAAGAUUUGAAUUCCACCGUAGCAGCAGCAGCAGCAGCAGCAUCAUCUCCUUUCCUCCGCCGGGGAAGGAAGGGAAGAAGGCAAGGGGAAGGGGAGCCCCGUUUCGAACCCGAGGGUUGCCUAUUUGGGUGCCUUUUGUCGCCCACUGUUGGGUGCGCGGCUCCUCAAUUCUCGUGCGGCGAGGGAUCUGCCCGUACAUGGUCGCCGGCGGCGGGGCGGUCCUGCGGCGGGCGAAGAUGGCCGGCGGCGACGACGACGACGACGAGUACGUCGUGGACGAGGACGAGGAGGUGGAGGACGACGUUGAGUAUCCGGCGGCCGCGUGCUCCGACGAGGACGCCGCCGAGGACGAGGCCGACCCGGAGCCGGAGGACGAAUCUGACGCCGACUUCGACGGGGAGGCGGAGGCGGAGGAGGGCGACGACGAGGAUUUCGAGAUCGACAAGCCGCGCCGGCCCAGGCGCCCUCCCAGGCCUCGCGGGCGGGGCAGGAAGGCUAAGCCGGAUGACUCCGACGAGGACUCCGACGAGGAUUUCGACGGGGACGAGGAGGACGACGAGGAUUUCGAGAUCGUCGCGCCGCGGCCGAGGCGCCCGCCCAAGGCUCGCGGCCGAGCCCGGAAGCGGAGGCGGACGCGGGAGCCGGAGGAGGAGUCCGAUGCGGAUUUUGAGGAGGAGUUGGAGGAGAUGGAGACGCCGCGGCCCAAGCCUCGCCGCCGGGCCAGGAAGGCCAAACCGCGCGACGACGACGACUCCGAUGCGGAUUUCGACGAGGACGAGGAGUUCGAGAUCGACACGCCACGGCCGAGGCGUGCGCCCACGGCUCGCUCCCGGGGCAGGUCGAGGAAGCAGGAAGACGAGUCUGACGAGGAGUUCGACGGGGAGGAGGACGAGGGGUUCGAGAUCGAGACACCGAGGCCUAGGCGCGCACCCAGGGCUCGCUCCCAAGGCAGGACGAGGGCGCAGGAAGUAGAGUCUGACUCGGAGGAGGAUGGAUUGGAGAACGAGGAGGUGGAGGUCGAGGUGCCAUGGCCGAAACGCCCAGCCACGGUUCGGUUCCGGCGACGGAGGGAGGAGCAAGAGAUCGAGCCUGAUGAAGAUUUCAAAGGGGAGGAGGAAGAACCGGAGAACGACGAGUUGGAGGUCGAGACGCCAUGGCCGAAACGUACAGCCACGGUUCGCUCUCGGCGGAGAAGGGAGGAGCAAGAGAUUGAGUCUGAUGCAGAUUUCAAAGGGGAGGAGGAAGAACCGGAGAACGACGAGUUGGAGGUCGAGACGCCAUGGCCGAAACGUACAGCCACGGUUCGCUCUCGGCGGAGAAGGGAGGAGCAAGAGAUUGAGUCCGAUGCCGAUUUCAAAGGGGAGCAGGAUGAGGAGUUGGAGGUUGAGACCCCGCAACCAGCCAUGGACCCCUCCUGGGGUAGGAAAGGGGAGCAAGAGGAUGAGUCUGAUGCCGAUUUCGACGGGGAGGAGGAAGAACUAGAGAAUGCGAAGUUGGAGAUUGAGACGCCACUGUCAGCCAACUUCCGCUCUGGUGGCAGUAACAUGAAGCAGGAGGACAGAUUUGAUGUGGAUUUUGAUGGGGACGAGGAGUUUGAGGAUAAGGAAGAGGAUGAAGAGUUGGAGAUCGAGACGCCACAAUCCGUCAAGUACCGCUCCAGUGGCAGGAAUGUGAAGGAGGAGGAUGAGCUUGAUGCAGAUUUCAAUGUGGCUGAGGAGGAAAUUGAGGAUCAGGAAGAGGAUGAAGAGCUGGAGAUCGAGACGCCAGAGUCAGUCAAGUAUUGCUCCGGUGGCAGGAAUGUGAAGGAGGAGGAUGAUGAUCUUGAUGCAGAUUUCAAUGUGGCUGAGGAGGAAGUUGAGGAUCAGGAAGAGGAUGAAGAGCUGGAGAUCGAGAUGCCAGAGUCAGUCAAGUAUCGCUCCGAUGGCAGGAAUCUGAAGCAGGAGGAUGAGUUUGAUGCAGAUUUCAAUGGGGCGGAGGAGGAAGUUGAGGAUCAGGAAGAGGAUGAGGAGUUGGAGACCGAGACGCUACAGCCAAGGAACCUGUCCGAGGCUCAUGGCAAGGGCAGGAAGGUGAAGCCAGCGGGCUCUAGCCGGCAGAGGCAUGAGGAUGAUGAUGAUUACGAGGAAGAGAUCGAGGAUGAGGAUGAAGACUUUGAUCCGGAGGUGGACGAAGAUGACGAAGAUGAGGAGGAAGAUGUUGAAGAAGAAGAUGAUGAUUUGGGGGAUUAUGCCCCAACUCGUGCCACAAAGGUUAAACCUAGGAACCACUUGGCCAAGCGGAAGCCAGCAGCUGGGCGCCAACACCGUAAGAGGAAUAGUGGUUCCAGGGUUUCCAAGGGAAAGACAAGGAAUGGCACGUCAGCACGUCGGCGUAGGAGCAAGCGGCGGGUGGCUGACGACUAUGAAGACGAUGAGGAGGAAGAAGAUGAUGAUGAUUUUGUUGUCAAGGACGAUGUGGAGGAAGAGGUCAAUUACCGGCCAAGGAAGAAGGCCAAAGUUGGGAGGAAGACGAGGGAAGGCACUGCAGAGCCAGUUGGUGUGGGAGAAGCAUGGCCGUCGGUAGAAUCCGACACAUCAGAAUUUGAGUUUGUGACAUCUGAGGAGGAUCAUGCUGAAAAUGAAGCACCAGUGGCUGAGCCUGUGAGGAUCAAGAGAAAGAAGGGUAGGAGGAAGAGGGGUUCUGAGUCAGACUCGUCUUCAGAUUCUGAUUAUGUCAUAUCAGAGGAGGAACUUAAGGAUUUGGGGAUGCCUAGGCCCCAAGAGGCUGUGCCACAGCUGCCUCCACCCCCAGCACGAAGGACCAUUGCUCCUAGGAGGGUAGAUGAGAAGGGAAAAGAGCCAGAGGAGGCUUUGAAACAGAUAUGUGGGAUCUGCCUCUCAGAGGAGCAGAGAGCUACGAUACAGGGUGUGCUUAAUUGCUGCUCGCACUACUUCUGCUUCGCGUGCAUCCUGGAGUGGUCAAAGGUGGAGUCGAGGUGUCCACUGUGUAAACGGCGUUUCAACACAAUUACCAAGUCAUCGGUGGCAGAUCUAGGAUUGGGGUUGAGGAAUGCUCCUGUUAGGGUAGAAAAGCGCGAUCAGGUAUACCAGCCCACUGAAGAUGAAAUGAGGCGUUGGUUAGACCCAUACGAAAAUGUUGUAUGUAUAGAGUGCAAUCAAGGUGGUGAUGACAAUCUCAUGUUGCUAUGUGAUAUAUGUGAUUCGUCUGCACAUACUUUCUGUGUUGGUCUGGGAAGAGAAGUACCAGAAGGCAACUGGUACUGUGGUGGGUGUAGAUCCAGUGUGGAAGGGCCUUCUCAUGCACAAACACAGGAAAGGGUGCUUCCCCGUGGAGAAAGUAAUAUGAACACUGCCGAUAGCAGUUCUAGUUCAUUUGGCAGAUCUAUAUCAAAUGGAGUUUUCCAAAGACCACCACCAAUAAACGUUCAGCCUUCUUUGCAAGGAUUUGAUCUGAAUCUCUCUCCAAUAGAAACCCCUGAGGAAGAUAAGCGAGCUGAGUCACACAUCUCAGCUGAACCCGUGUCAACUCCUACUGGGAGGCACGCAACUCUUGAUAGGAGGCGUGCCUUGAACCGGCGUAUUCGUAUUCUUCUAUUUAGACCUAGGACUGCAACUAAUCCUUGGCAGAAUAGCAUUCAGCAUGACAGAAGCACACCAGGAGCAGAACAAAAUCAACGGAACGCCUGCACUUCUACAGAUGUGAGCCCAUCCUGUUCCAGGGCUGAUUUCAUGCAGAGCCAGCAGAGUAGCUCACAAUUUGUUCAGUCUGCAAGUAAUCUUAAUCAAUGCACUGAUGAGGGUGGAAGCAAUUUCCGAGAAGUAGCAAAUGCCAAGGACCAGCUGAUUCCUAUUGUCAAGAAGAGCAUCAAGCACAUUUGUGCCCGGUCCCCAUUGGAUCAAUCUUCUUUCACGAACGUAGCACGGCGAGCGACACACACCAUCUUAGCGUUGUCCGGGAUUGCGCACAACAAGGAUAGGGUUGUUGCAACACCUUUUCCUUUUCCUAGCCAUUGUUGCCAUGCCUGUGACGGCCGAGAGCCAGCGUUUCUCAUGAGAACUAUCUGCUCGUCAUGCUUCAACUCAUUCGUCGGUGAUGUUGUCAGUCACAUCGCCAGUAUGUUUUCCUGAUGUAGGUGGUCUUUUUAAGCUGGCAUUUCUCUCUCUCUCUCUCUAUUGGUGUCAUUCUUUCAAUUAUAGACAGUUGGAAAGAUUAUACGGAUACGAACGUGUUAAUGAAUGUUGGAUAGCUUGAAAUACAGUCAUUUCUAAACCA